AUGAUUAAUUUAGAAUCUUCAAUUAAGGAGAUGAUUCAAAAAGUCUUAAUCAGUUCUGGUGAACCAUUUCAUACAUCAGAUCUUAUUAUUAAUUUAUUAUAUGAUUAUCUUCGUAUCAAUGCUAAUCAAUUCCUUAUUCAUUUGCCCAAAUCAAAAUUACCAUCUUUAAAUGAUUUAUUAUUAUGUUGUCAAAAUCAACCAAUCCGAUUAUGUCGUAUUGUGAAAUAUUUUCAAACUAUUUAUAUUCAUUCAUUUAUUAAAACAAAUGAAUUAGAUCUAAUGAAUAAUAAACAAUUCACAUCCUUGAUUCAUGAAUAUACUACUAAUAAUACUACUACUAAUAAUAAUAGUAAUCAUGAUGAUGAUGGUGGUGGUGAUCCAUUGGACAAUAAAAGUUUGAAUGAUUUUUCACCUAGCAACAAUUCAAAUUGGUUACGUUUAAAUUAUUUAUUUAAUCAACUAUCAAUCCCUUUACCCUAUCAUGAUCAUCAUCAUCCUAAUCAUCAAAAAUUUUGGCAAUUAUAUAAACCAUAUUUGAAUCAAGUGUAUAAACAAUUAAAUAAAGGACGUUUAUUACGUUUAAAACGAAUUGAUCUGAAAUUAUGUCAUGAAUCUAUGGAACAGUUUCUAUCAUUUUAUCAAUUAAGACAAUCAGCUAGUUUAUUAAAUUUAACUAAAUCACAUCAUUUAAAAAAUUUUUUGUAUUGGUUCUUUUGUUGUACAUUCAAUACUACUAAUAAUAAUGUUAGUAGUAUGAAGAAUAAUAAAGAAAAUAUCAUUACAAUGGAAAUGAUGAAUGAAUAUUAUUUAAAAAUGUUAAAUAAUAGUAUGAAUCAUUCAACUUCCUCGUCUUCCUCCUUGUCUUCCUCAGCAUUAGGACCGUCGUCAUCUUCGACAAUCGAUUCAACACUUUCAACAUCAUCGUCAUCAUACCUUCAUGAAGGUUUACGUAUUCUUGCUUAUUUAUUAAAUGGUGAUCUAUUAGAUAUUAUUGAUAUGGUUUUAUAUAAUCGACAAAAAUUAAAUAUUAAUCUAUCAUCACCUAUUACAUUGAUUGAAAUUAAACAAGUUUUAAAUAUAUUUACAAGCAUAAUAUAUCCAAGACAAUCAACUAUAUCAUCUUGAUGAGUCUCUCUCUCUAUCUCUCCGUAUGUAGAUAUAUAUCCAUCGAAAUUGGC